GUGUGUAUUUAUGUAUUUGUGUAGUUGUGUAGUUGUGUAUAUUUGUGUGUCUGUGUAGGCUUUUGCUCGUUGCAUGCACAGCAACCCAUAAGUUACAUAUACCUGAAACGUCAACAGAGCAACACGCCUGGUCGCGCGCUGCAAUAUGGCCCGGCGGAGCAUCAUGCCAUCAUCUAACUAUCGUGGAGAAUGUGGAUGUGCAACAUAAACAAUAAUUAUCCAUUCGCUCCGUAGUCUGCAUGCCUCCGAGAUGGCUGUGGCUUAGCAGCACCACCACCUCCCUCUCUCUGUCUCUCUGUCUCUCUCCCCCAUUUACUCAUUCCAGGUCUAUAUUAGGGCCAAGUAAUGAUACAAGUUGGAGUGGAUGGGCGUCCAGGGGGCUAGUACUACUGUAUGUGUCGACGUGCUUUGAAAAACAAUUUGCAGUUCGCUUCGUGCUAAGACAAAGACAACGACAACGACAACGAUGUGGCAUUGAGACGAUUGAGAGGUGUGGUCUAGGGCAAGAUCGGAUGUCUGUGUGGUGAAGGUGUUCCCAGGCGAUCCUAGCAGUGUUGUAGAUAUAUGUGUGUGUCUGUGUGGUUCCUCACAAGUGUU